AUGAACUAUAGCCAACGCAAAGAAGGGAACAUUAUCGACAAACUAUGGCUAACUGUCGAAAACAAGAAAUCAAUUCUUCAAGAAAGAAACGUGAACGGAGGAACAAAUUGUAUACAGCUCGUUUCUUGUAAAAGUAUCCAUAUUAGCAACGUUGGGCAUAAUAAAAGAAAUUAUGAGAAUGAUGAGAAUAAAAAUUCAGAGACUCCAACGAAAAAGUUAUUGGUUGACAAUGACAAUUCCUCCUCGGAAAAUGAUAAGCAUGGUAAAUAUCGAGAAGAUGAAGAAAUAACAUCAUCAGAGAUUCCGAUCGUUAAAACACUUAUGAAGAUUGGCGGAAUAGCACGAUAUAGGAUUGAAGAGGAAUGGCUAAAACUCGAAUGGGAAUGGCAAAAGGUUGAGGAGAUGGUUGCACCUGAAAAUGGUGAAUUGGAUGAAUAUCAAGAGAAUUUAUUAAAAAAAAUAUGA